AUGGACAUUGCCUCUGAUGUACAAAACAGAAUAAGUCAGUUAGAAAAGGAGUAUGGAGAUCUUUCAACAGCUUUAACAAAACAUGGAGAGGACUGGCACAGAAAAAUUGACCAACUUGUCAAGAAACUUAAAGCUGAAGUUGCUGAGAUGAAAAUCACACAGUUAAAAACUCUACAAAAACAUCUGGUUGAAAUGAACAAGAACAUUACUGAAAUCAAGGAUGUAGUCAAUUCAGCUGAAAUAGCUUUAGAUACACAGGACAUUUCAAAACUAUUUGCUGUUAAAUCCAAUUUAGACAGAUAUAGAAAGCUUCCACAAGAGAUUGUUAUUUCUAAUCUUAAAUUCUUGCCUGGGAAAAUUCAACAAAAAGAACUCAGUAAUCUGUUUGGAACUUUAUUAUCAAGUUCUUUAACUUCAGAUGAACAUGGCUACAGCAUGAAGACAACACAGAAUUCCCCAGAAGCUGGAUCCUCUUCUCCAGUCAAACACCUGCUUGAUGAACCAGAGACUGUCACCACCAUAGACACUGGGUACAGUGAACUUUACAGUGUGGCUUGUCUGAGUGAUGAAGGAAUCUGGACAAGUGGAGAUGACAACACCAUGAAACUCUUCAGCAUCAAUCAGGGAUCACUACUUAAGUCAAUCACAACCACGUCAGGGAACUGGCCAGAGGACAAAGCAGUGACAAAAAUUAUGGAUCUUGUUUAUACUGAUUACCAUGAUAGAACUGUGAACAUUGUGAAGAAUGAGGAGGUGAUCAAACUACAGAACUGGGGACCUGAUGGUAUCUGUAGUACCUCCUCUGGUGACCUCAUGGUUAUCAUGAUCAGUGAUGAUAACAAACUGUUACAAACAAAAGUUGUCCGUUACUCUGGUUCCACAGAGAAACAGACCAUUCAGUUUGAUGAUCAAAGUAAACCUCUCUAUUCGAUUGGUGAUCAUAACACAUACUACAUAACUGAGAACAGAAACUUGGAUAUCUGUGUGUCUGACACUGAUCCUAAAAAUGACUGUGUCCACAUCAUAGACCAGGAUGAACAGUUCCUCCAUUACAUAAACUGUGGACUGAGUUAUCCCUGGGGACUGUGUAAAGAUACAAAUGACAAUCUGUUUGCCGCUCAGUGGGGAAACAGACAAAUGGAAAUUCCUUUACCAGCUUUGGACUACCUGGAAGGUCCUGAAUAUAUGACGUCAUGUGACCUUUGCAAAACUGCCAUGGUACAGCUGUACUGUGAUAUCUGUCUCUGUAAAUUGUGUAUUGAGGAAGAUGUUGCAUCAGAACUGACCAAGCCACACACAGUUGUAAGG